CCAAGUCGACCCACAUAUCAGAUGAGUUUUACUGUGAAACCACUUUCAGGUGCCUGCCCUGAGUGCAGCUAUUCUUAAAACUAGGAAGUCAACUCGCGGUCAAAAAACAGAAGGUGAGGAAAAACAGCAACCAGAGAAAGACUGUGAUAGCUUCCUUCUCCAAUGGAGGGAAAGAGGUGGAUGUUUCCAUGUUCCAGUGGACAGAUUUGUUAAGAAAAUAGCCAGACCCGCCCCAGAUUGCUCCUCCCCCUCCUGUUCCCCUUCCCUCUCGUGCUCGCUCCCAACCGGCACCAUUGUAGGCCAGUCUUCUGAUACGCGGCCCCUGCGACCCCCGAGAACUCGGCGGGCUCGCGAGCGGCUCGGGUCCGACUCGAGCGACACGACGACGAGUUACGGCAUGCUCGACGUGUUGCGGAGCCUCAAGAGCCUGCUGAAGAUCAGCAGGGUUCAUAUCGACAACAACGUAUUUCGGCUCCACUACACAGUCACGGUCAUUGUGCUCAUCGCUUUCUGCAUUAUAGUCACUACGAAGCAGUUCGUGGGAGAACCCAUCGACUGUAUUCAUAGCAGUGAGGUGCCUGAAUCUGUAAUUAACACAUUUUGCUGGAUACACACCACAUAUACGGUGCCCUCAGCAUACGGGAAGGAGGUGGGCAAGGAGGUCCCUCAUCCAGGCAUAGACUCUACCCAGGACGCAUCGCAGUUCCGUUAUCACAGGUAUUACCAGUGGGUGUGCUUCACGCUCUUCUUCCAAGCGGCUCUUUUCUACAUACCGCGCUGGCUGUGGCGCAUGUGGGAAGGAGGCAAAAUCCAGGCGCUCAUGAUGGAUUUAGACAUCGCCUUGUGCGCUGAGGCGGAGAAGAAGCAAAAGAAGAAGCUGUUGGUGGACUAUUUGAUGAGCAGCUUGAGACAACACGAUUGGUACGCUGCACGCUAUUUCCUUUGCGAAGCAAUGGCCUUCGCCAAUGUAGUGGGACAAAUGUUCCUUAUGAACCGUUUCUUCGACGGCGAGUUCCUCAGCUACGGCGUCGAAGUCCUUCGUUAUUCGGAAAGAGAUCAAGAGAUGCGUACAGAUCCAAUGAUUCGCAUAUUUCCGAGGGUAACAAAGUGCCGUUUCUACAAAUACGGUUCUUCCGGAAAUGUCGAGAUGCACGAUGCACUUUGUGUCUUACCCUUAAAUGUUAUAAACGAGAAGAUAUAUAUCUUCCUCUGGUUCUGGUUUAUCAUCCUUUCUGUUUUGACCGGUUUAGUACUUGUCUUCCGGGUGGUCAUCGCUGCCUGUCCUCUUGUGAGGGUCUAUUUGUUAAAUAUGAGGUUCAGGAUCGUGCAUUUAGAUCACUUACAUACUGUAGUGCGAAGAGGUUCUAUAGGAGAUUGGUUUUUAGUCUACAUGCUUGGACAGAACAUAGAUGCCGUUAUCUUCAAAGAAGUGUUGGCAGAAAUGGCCAAGAGAAUGACUACAGAACCUAAGGAGGCAGCAUGACACGAGACGUGCCGCUGUCUCCAGCGCUGUGCCUCUGCUCCGUAACCUGCCUUUGAAUACUAUAUCAUCGACAAACAAAGUGAUAAACCAGCUCUUGUUCGAAAACACAUGCGUGGAUUUCAAUGAGGUAUGGUUUCCACCUAUUCGGAACUUAAGUACUUGCUCAAGGCAACGAACUCAAAAUGUUAGGAAGGAAAAUCAUGACCAGGAAUUAUCUUGGUUAUUUUAAUGAACGGAAAAUUUCACAAUUCCUUAUUAAUCUUGUUGAGUAUGUUCCUAAGGCCAUUUCUUAAAUAUACUAUGUUUAAUGCCCUAAAAACAUACUUCCAUCAUUUAUAUAUGGAUAUACAGGCAGCGGUGGAUUUUUUCUUCUUCUUAUUAUUAUAUCUAAAGUGUUACUGAUUGAAAAAUUAAUUUUA